CGACCAUACGAAGAACCCCUGCCGUGCGUAUGGUGGUAGAAUGUUAGGUACGUCUACGUACGUAGUACGUACGGGCGAAUGUGUGAUUCGGCCGGGCGGAGGCGGCGUGGCGUUUUAUUAUCACACUCGGACUCGGGACUGCUCGUACUCGUACUCGCGCGACGCGGACACUAUAACGGCGAGUGCUGGCGCGGCUGCUUUGAUGACGGACGCGGACGGGCGGCCGCGGCUGAUCAAGUAGGAGUGGGAGGAAGAACAACACAAGCACAUCGUCGAUCGCGCCGUUGUGUCGAAACAUGUUCACGUUGGGACUCGACUCGGCCGUUUAUUCGCGAUCGUGCCGGCGUUUUGAGUAGUUAUACGUGUGAACGUUGCGAUCCUCGAAGGGUGUUUUUUUACGACGACGACGAGAAUAUUCGUGCUUUUUUAUCUUUACUUACGCAUUUUUGUGCGGUAUUUUUAAUUUUACGUAAUUAUUUUUCCAACGUACGUAAAUUGCUACGGUACGAACGUAUGUGUAAUUUUUUUUACCAUAUUUUGAGAACCGUUUUUUCAUUAGUAUUUCGUAUCGAAGUAUUAUUUUUUUCGAUUUUUAUUCAAAUUCGCGAGAUGCGUGUUUGCUCGCAUGCAAUUUUUUAAUCGCGAUUUUACCUACGUACAACUUUUUUUGUGAAGUUAUUGUUUCGAGUGUGUGGUAACUUGGUGGAUUUUGGAUUUUCAGACUUGGAACUGCGAGUCGAAUUCCCAUAUUGGACUGGAGUAGUGGAUUAUUUUUUGCAAAUAGUGGCCUCAGAUUAUAAAUGCCGCUUUGCAAUAUGAUGGCCAUGCAGCACCGGAAGAAUAAGCGUGGCCUGCAGCAACUAUCGGACGCCCAAAAGCUCGAAGCGAUUACCAAAGUGCAAAAAGGCGAAACGAAAGCGGCCGUUGCCCGAGAAUUCGGCGUCCCCGAGUCUACCUUGAGAGGAUGGUGCAAGAAAGCCAAACUGAACGGACAUUGUCACUCGGUUAUGAAUAAAUCGCUUCAAGUUACGUCCACAAUGUCGCCAGUCUUGUUAACGUCAGAGAUGGCUUAUCGUGAUUGUAGUUAUUCGAAAGGCAGCGGCAGCGACGAAGGCAGCACGACGCAUCCGUUCAGCGACGAACAAGAAGACGACGACACGGAACGCGAAGCUAAACCGCCGGUAGUCGCUAUACCCAUACCGGAAGAACAGCGCAGAGUAUUAGAUUGGUUGAAUUACGGACACUAUCCUCAAUUACCAGUAACGCAGCAGACGCCGCCACCUCCGCCGCCGCAGAUGAUCGAUACGACGACCACGACGACGACGACGACGGCGGCCAAGCCAGCUCAACCAGUUGUUACCAGUUCGACUUGUGAUGAUGUGAGAAACGUGGUCGCCAAAGUGGCGAAAGUCUCGUCCACGAAGAAGGAUAAGGCGCAAUCAAUCAAAGGACCGAACAGCAUCAGUGGCAGCAUCGGCGGUGGUGGUGGAGGAGGUGGUAAUACCAAUCACCACCACACCAAUAAUCACACCAUCAUCAACCACAUCAACAACAAUAACCACAACAACAACAACAAUCAUCAUAAUCAUCAUCACCACAACAACAAUAACAACAGCAUCACCAGCAACAACAACAACAACAUCAUAAUCAACAACAACAAUCUUCAGCAAAACCAUCAAAACGGCGUAAAUGGUUUCGGCUUCUACAACUGGUGCAAAUCGAAUACCUCGUGCGGCGGAUACUCAUCGCCAGUCUCGCCUGUCUCGUCAGAUAAGAACGAUUCGUACGACGACGAACCUCUAGCUUUGAUCGUGCCGAGCAAAAGACGUAUCUCAGACCUUGAGUCUGCGCUGAAAAACCAACUCAGCAAAAUGUACCAAGAACAGCAGCAACAGCAGCAGCAGCAGCAGCAGACCAACGGCAAACAAACGUUAUCGGUCGAAGAAGCCCUACAGCACGGUGAAGUAUUCCUCGAUUGGCUGCGAGCCUGUUCCGAUCCGAAUGUUACCGUUUUGCAAGCCAUGCAAAUCGGCACCUUGAUUAAAAACAUACGCUCUAGUCUGGAAAGGAAUCAAAAUCGACGAUAACGAGGUUCCCCCCAACCUCAAUUCUUUUACCCACCCUUUGUAUCUCUCUAUUUGCGCUCCUUAUGUUAUGUCGAUUCUUAUAAUCCUCGGUCGAGUUUGUUGCGAUUUUGUUUUUUGUUUUGGUUUUCAUCCCUCGUGUGAUGAUGAGUUUUCCUACCUAUACGUCUUAUUCCCGUUUACGAUCACCCUGU